AUGACGGAGAUGUACUCCGGGCUCCAUGUGAGCCAGCGAUUCUCCUCUCUGGAAGAGUUCAAGUCAGUAGUCCGCAGCAUAUCUGUGAGGCAACACUGGGAGCUCCGUGUGACACGAAGCAACAAGAAAAGUGUAGUCAUUGGGUGUCGCUCGUCGGCAAAUUGCUUCUUCCGAGUCGUCUGUCGUUCGAACAAGAAUGCAACCUACAUCACCAGUCUCCAGGACAGCCAUAGUUGCCGCCGGAGCGCAGACUCUCCCACUGCUACCCCGGCUCGCUCUGAGGCCUCUCAUGUGCGGUUUCUGCUGGGGGAGAUCCCCAAGCUGUUCGACAUGAAGUCGAAGAUCAAGGCCCAGGAAGUCGUCGAUGCCGUAAAACGCUACCACGGCUAUGAUAUCUCCAUGCGCCAGGCACAGCGAGCACUUACCAAGGUCCAACCUCGACAUGCCGACAGCCAGGGCGACCAGGACCUUGAUCUUGAUCUGAGCGCAGGAGAGCAGCAAUCGCCCGAGCAAUCACCAGAGUCACAUAGGGACGCGACACACGCCUUCGAGGACAUGGCCGAGAACAGAUGGCUCCCGGAUCAUCUACCAACAUCCUUGAUUGAAGACGAUAACAUCCCUCCAAGCGACCCAGCAAGCAACCAUAUUCCUAUACCCUCUGAUUCUCAAACCUUACCCGCCCAGGUGCAACAGUCAUUGCCUCCCAACCCACCUCUCGCUCUCCCCCCACACCAAAUGACCAUGCCGCCACCAGAACCAGAGUACCAGACUGCUGCCACCAUUGCAGGGGUUAACGAGCCCCCCAAGGCCCCGAGCUAUCCUCGUGAUCACACGGUCCCCCAGAUGGUUCUGACCAAUUUCAAGAUCGAGUUCACAUGCACGACAUGUGGGUCAUUGAACCAGAGCUUCUUUCCUAACCAAGGCAAUGUUACCGGCGCCAGCUAUUUAAACCAUGCAAUGCCGAAUCCUAGUAACGUUGCCAGGGAGCCGGGCCAAAACGGUGUGGGUAGCAGCAACGUAGUCGGCGAUAAUUCUACUUACGAUAGCAAUGCGUCGAAUACUUCUAUUCAACACGCCUGGUCUGGUGGUGGUCUUGGAGUGUCAAUUGGGUCGGCGCAUACUUGA